AUGGUGACAGUGGCAGCGGCAGCCGCACGGCAGGGCGCGUGCAACUAUCCACAUAAACUUAGGUGGCGGCGCGGGCCAACAUGGGGUCGUUCUGGGACGGACAGUGGCGCGGCACCGCGCCGCCUGCAACACGAGCUGUGUGCCACGCGUGUUUACGUAAGCGCCACGCCCCGAGCCACGCUCCCGCUAUAUGGGGGCGCGGCGCGAAGCGCGAAGCACCUCCAGACGCUGAGCGCCGACUGA